GAGAGAGAGAGAGAGAGAGAGAGAGGAGAGCAACAGAGGGAGGGAUAGAGGGUUGGAAGAGGAGAUCAAAUAAGAAGAGAAAGACAGCAGAAGUUUGAGUGGAAGUGAGUGUGUUGGCAUGGUAAAGACUUACACAUGUAAAGAGGCAUAGAAAAGACACAAUAUAAUCUGAUGCAGACCUAAUUGGCACAGAUUUGAAGGGAAAAAAACCCAAACAAUAUUUAUUCGAAACACCGAGGUGCUAAGAAGGUCCUAGGUGGAGGAAUAAAGGAGACAACAGUUUGUCCUGAAGAUUGGUGAGAGAAAACAGGGGUCAUCAGACAGUUGCGUGCAGUCACUUGUUGUUACACCUCUCGCUUUCCCAUGAGUGCCCUUAGCAGUGUGUGCGUUCUGCGCUGGCUUUUGCUGGGUGUGUGUGUGAUGUGUCUGUGUGUACUGUGUCAGAUGGACAGUUUGGUGGCUGGGCCAUCCAACAGAAGGUGUGAUGGGGGCUGCAGUGCAACAGCAUCUCCCCCAAAAACACACCUCACACACAGGAAGGACACGCUGCCCAGAAAAACACAGGAGCCUCUCCAAAGAAACACACAGUCAUCUUCCAUGUCGGAACAUCUGAUGCAGCUACAGCGGUGUAUGAAACAACAUGAACCAGCCUCAGGCAAUCGAAGAGAUGGAUCCAAUUCCAUGACAGCCAUUUUGGCUCUAAUGACAGCGGUGCUUACCGAGUGUGACCUGCACUGCCACAGUCAGAGACUGAGAGACAUGGCUGGCAGGCUAGAGAGGGCAGCAGUGGGGAAAAAUGGAGAAAAAGACUUGCUGCUGUUGAUGAAGAGCAUCACGCAAUCUGGCCCACCACCAACACAAAGUGCUUUAACCGUGUCUCCAUCUGCAGGACUUUAUCCGCAGAAUUGCUACGAAAUCUUUCAGUUUGGGAUAAAAGAGAAUGGAAUUUACACCAUCCAACCAGACCCUCAAAAACCAGCCCUGGAGGCUGUGUGUGAUAUGGAGUCUGCAGGAGGUGGAUGGACAGUGUUUCAGCGCCGAUUUGAUGGGCAAGUGGACUUUAAUCGGACUUGGCGGGAGUACCGAGAUGGCUUUGGUUCUUCACAAAAGGAGCACUGGUUAGGGAAUGCAGUUCUACAUGCUCUUACAGCCAGUGGGCAACACACACUCCGCAUCACUCUCCAAGACUGGCAUCAGCAAACCCGACAUGCCAUCUACAACAGCUUUAAAGUGGCAUCAGAGAACCAGAGGUUUCGUCUGACUGCACAAAAUUACCAAGGAAAUGCUGGUAACGCCCUCAGCUAUAGUAAGCACUACAACCAUGAUGGCAGAGCUUUCAGCACAUAUGAUCAUGAUCAUGAUCGCUAUGCAGCUGGCAACUGUGCUCAGUACUACGGUGCAGGCUGGUGGUUCGAUUCCUGUUUUGCUGCCAAUUUGAAUGGACGUUACUAUAGCGGCCGCUACACUGGCAUCACAGAUGGCAUUUACUGGGGCACCUGGUUCAUCCUCACUGACUCUCAAACUGGGGAGAGGUACUCAUUUAAAAGUGUGGAGAUGAAAACACGACCCAGACAGCCCUGAAAUAAUCGGCCUCUUUACACACUCAUACAACAUACACAAAUUAUGCAAUGUUACUUUCAGUAUUUAUACAAAAGAAAUAUUUAUACAUUAAAACAAAAGUGUAUGGUACCAAUGCUACUUUCAGUAUUUAUACAAAAAAUAUUUAUACAUUAAAACAAUAGUGUAUGGUACCAAUUACAAUAUCAUAUUUAACAGUAGGGUCAGUGUUUUUUAUGUCAGUACACUUCAUGUAAUAUUUAGCUAAAAGUUAGCCCCAUGUUCUGGCAGCCCAGGUCUCUGUUGCAUCCCAGGGUCUGUAAAUGGGAGAAUGGAUGUGGAUAACCAACAUCCAACCAAUCAGGUCAAAUAGAUAUUUCUAUAUUUGUCUGUAAAUUAUGUUACUUGUUAAUUCAGCAAACUUUAGUCAUUCUAGCCGAAGUAGCACGUGUGUGUUUUGGGAAUGCAGCUUUGGAGAGAACACUGAAGGGAGAGACUAUUCAUGGUUGUAUUUUGAGUUUGAAAACAGCUAUCUUAAGGUAUCUUCUUCUAAAAAUUACUGAAUGUAUAUGGCAAGACCUUUUUUUAUAUAGCCAAAU